AUGGCCUCAGCGUGCUUGUGCUUCUGCUCUGAAAAUCACUCGUCGAUUUCCACUGCCAGAUCUGCGAGGGCGGCAAGGGCGCAUCCCUCCGCACACGCCAGCACGCCGGGGACGUGGCGCUCGAGGCGCCUGGCGACUGUCGCUCGCGAAUCGCGCCCCCAAGCAGCUGCGAAGAGCACAGUUUGCAGCUGCAACUGCAGCAGCAGCUCAGCUGCAUCCAGAUCCAUCGCCUCGAAACCAGUCCGUCCGCCUCUCGCCAAGCUGCUCCUCAAGUCGAGUUGGUCUGCAAGCGAUGCGCGUCCUUCGGUGGUGCAGCUGCAGCUCCGACAGCACUUGGAAGCCGGUCGCCCCUUUGGCUUCUCGGCCCAAAUCGCCAUCCACCCCAUCAUCGGCGCUCCGGGCACCUCCGCUCGCGCCUUCCGCCAUCGCGACAGGCAUCACGAAUCUCUGCUCAAGGCUUCGUUCCCGAGUCGAGCUACACACGCCGACUCUCUGCCGUCCUCGAUCUACUUUGCCAAUCCCGAUGCACGCAACCUCGGUCCACGCCUAGACUCCCCGCGCGGCACGGCUGCCGUUGCGCUCGUCAUCAUGGAGGACCUCUCCGCCGACGACGACAUCCUCUCGGAUGUCCUCGUCGACAACCUCGAAUUCGAGCCCGCCAUCUCCACGCACAAGAUGAAUCCCAACUACAGAGGCCACCGAUUCGACCGUAAUGCUGUCAGCCUCAUCGUCAGAAAGCGUGUCGUCGUCGAGAAGGACAUCUCGGCCGCCAUCGACGACCUCAGCAAGCUCGGCAUCGUCCAAAAGUACCUCACCAACAAAACACAACGCCAGAUCGCCAGCUUCCAGGCGCACGCACGCCGCUACCUCGAGAGUUACCUGCCCGAGAGUGGCGUCGAAUUCGCCUUGACCACCCGAUACAAGCGCGUCAUGAUGCAAAAGGCCGGAAAGGCGCAUGGCGCAGACGCCGUCGCAUCCACGUCCGCCGUCAAGCUCGAGGACGGCAUCCCCGCGCCCGCCUCCAAGGACCCGGCCGCGGAUGACAGAGGCAAGUCCAGAUCCAAGGGGCGUUCGUCCCUCGAUCGUGCCGCAACCAGCAUCGGUGCUGCGCCCGCUGCCUCCGAAAAAGCCGACCUUUCCGUCCUCGCCAUGCGCACCUUCAAACCGGGUGAGCUCAUCAACCACUGCAAGGGUGGCUUAAAAGACCUCACCAAAAGCGAAGACGACGCGCUACGCGAGGAAGCCACCGCCUCGCGCGAAAUACGCAAAGACUCCGAAUACAAGGGCGUCCUGGGUCCCGGCCGCGACUUCUCCGUCAUCAGGUCAGCGCGCAAGGGAUGCAGUCAGCUUCUGCUCGGCCCAGCAAGGUUCGUCAACCACGACUGCAAUCCCAACACCGAGUUCUACCGCAUGGGCUCCACCAUGGUCUUCAAGGUCAUCCGGCCCAUCCACCGCAACGAGGAGAUCACCACCUUCUACGGCGAAAACUACUUCGAGUGGGCCAAUGCGGAAUGCAUGUGCGCCACCUGCGAGGCCCGCGGUACGGGUGCCUUCUCGGACCCGUCAGCCCCAGCAGAGGACGCGCUGACGAAAGGAGCUGAUGGCGUGGAAGUCAAAUCGGAGGAUGGACCUUCGUCCAACGGCACACCGAAUGAGGCAAAUGGACGGCGACAAUCGCGGCGGUCAAGUCGACCGACUGGCACAUCCUCAGCACUCCCUUCUCCCUCACCGACACCGUCUUUGACGCCCUCUCUCACUACCGUUCUAGGCGAUGAGGUGGCCAAGGACAAAAAGUCCAAGCGCGACUAUCUGGCCGAUCUCAAGCUUGCCGAGCAUGGGCCUUCAGACGACCGUUCCGAUCCAUGGGCCGAAGGCGCAGGCCCCAAGUGUCGAUGUCUCACCUGCGGCGCGACAUUCUGGGCGCCGGAGAAGUGGUGGACUCCGGACGAGUGCCCGCGAUGCGAACGUCACUACAAGAUCUUCAAGGCCGACUGGCCAGGCCGCGUGCCGACCGAGGGCGCCUUGGCGCGAAAGGCGGGCGUCAAGCGCAAAUCGAGUGCCGAGAUGAUUUCCGAUCACUUUGCCGCCUCUUCCUCACCGGCCAGGAAUGGCAAGGAGCGCUCUCAGACACCCACCGAUCUCAAGGCCAACGCCACGCCAAAGUCGCAGAAGAAGCAGCGAGCUCCAAAGACUGUCGCGAGCAGCGGGGCAGCAAGUACAUCCUCACCCGCUACAAAACCUCCUUCGAAAACUUCGAAUCGGCCAGCAAAGGCGUCUGCGAAUAGCAGUGUUGUGCAAGAACGGCAAGACGAAGCUAGCGUGGCACGCUCGCUUGCGUCUCCGAAACCAACCGUCACCAAGGCUACUAGUCUUCCCGCCGGCACUGCCAAAGUGGCGAGCAAGCAGGAAGAUCUAUACGGAUUGGACUCUGAUGGCUCCGAUCUCACGCCCGAGCCCGAGUCCGAUCGCGGCGACGCUGUCAAGAUGGAAGACGUUGACGAGGACGAUGACGAGGACACCGGUCCGCGGCCCGCUGGCGUCGCUGGCCGUUCUCAAUCUGGUCAGAUCGACCGGUCCUCCUCCAGCACCAGCCCCGGUCCGCCCGGGCCGAAGAUGCUCGGCAAGAACGCCAAGACAGACGUGUUGGCCCAAUACUGGGGCGCUGCCGAAGGCGAUCGCAGAGCACGGCGAAAGGCGGCCUCAAAGCCGGGCCCCACCCUGCUCUCCGCUCGCCGUGCAUCGCAGGAUAUCCAGACCAAGCCAUCUGAUAGGCGUUCGAGCUUCCGCGAAACCAGCACAGACGAACAUGGUGUGCCGAAGCCGAAGCGGCGCCUGGUGGCCGAGUCGGCGCCCGACGCAGAGGACACAGGUAUCACCCCGACUCCUCCGCGAUCAGUGCCGCCGACAGCAUCCAAGCAUCGCAAGACAUCGAGCAUGAACGAUGCUUCCUUAGCGCAGCUUCGAACGAGAGCGGAAGCUCAGGCUGCGGCACCAGAUCAACCAGUGACGACCGGUGUUGUUGCACCCGCUCCAAGCGUCCAAAGCGCUGCAAUCGCCGCGAACCCAUCGCCCGCACUCUCGCAGGCGCCCAAAAGUUCAGCAGGCAAUAUGCCCGGUCUUGCGACAUCAGGUGUCGAGCGCACGUCCGAAUCCAACCUGGCGCUCUUCUGGUCUGCCGGUGUCGGGGGCACCAGGAACCGUCGACAAGCGCAGAGAGAACCGCAGACGGUGCUCAUCCAGACGGUGCCUUCCAAGCGUCCGAGGCACCCAUCCGAAUCGAGUCGCAGUCGCACUCCAGAAGUCAAGAAGUCUCGAGCCUCGUCGCGUCCAGAUGCGGUCAACGGCGAUGACGACGGCAGCGGUAGGGAGAGGAGCCGGCGAUCGCGGUCCAUCGCUGUCUCUGAAGACACUGAAGAGGGCUCUAAAGAGACCAGCCAAGACAACAGCGACGCAGACGAAGACGAGACCGACGUUCCAAUGCGACCGUACAUGUUCUCAGCCAUCAGCAAGGCGCUGCAGUCGAAUGGCGGAACAGACGCCAGUCACCUGGUCGACACGAAAGGGCCGCUCCUUCCAUCCGCACCGCUGUUCCGCCCACCAGGCUUGAUCCGACCCGACCUCGCAACUGUUGCGGCGCGAUCCAAUUCACCGCUUGCGGGCCCUCCGCGCGGCGCCACCGGCCAACCCAUGCGCAAGAACCUCCGUUGGGGCAGCGGCAAGACGUCGAUGAGCCGGCCCCUUGGUCCCAACGGAAGCCCGCUUGGUCGACCUCCGACGAGUCUCAACGGCAGCCCAAUGGCGACUGUGGCGCCGCGAACCGAGCCGGCAAAGGACGGCGCAUCGCCCCUGACUGCGGCGCUUGCGGCAGUGAACAAGUUGCAGGAGAGCGCCGCCGCUCAUGGUUCCCUGAAGCCGUUGCCGGAUCGCAUGGACGCAUCACCCUUAGAGCCGAGCCUCCACCAGCCUGCGAUGGAUCAGAGUCAAGCGCUCAGGCCCGAAAGCACAAGCACGGAACGUUCUACGAUGGUAAAGGCGAAGCUGGAAGCCGUCUCUGCGGGGCGACCAGGCGACGAGGGCCCGGCCACGGAUGUUCCGAAUCCUCUCGCAGAUGGUGCCGAUGCGAUUGGCGAUGCAGCUGAGUCGGAGCAACCGAAGUCCGAGGAGACGCCGAUCGCAGCUUUGACGGAGCAGGGCAGCGUGCAAGACGCGGAAAUGGGCGUGUUGCCGCCUGAAGGCAAAGACGUUGCAGCUGCGGCGGCGGAAGCGGCCGACUCGCAACAACGACGCACCUCGGGCCGAGCACGCAAGGCGCCCGAGAUGGCGGCCGGUCAGAUCCCGUACAAGGGCAGCCUCGUCAAGCUUGCGGCUCAGCGAGCCAAGGAAGCCAAGAGUGGUCCCAACUCACCCAGAUCGACGGGCGCCCACUCGCCCGACGCGCGCAACCAGAGUCCCAAGUCGAGCCGCUUCAUGACGCCUACGGCCGAGGUCGUAGGAGAGCUGGCAGAGAUCACAGGCAAGGGCGAGUUCGAGGUUGCCGCAGCUGAAGAAGUCGCCGGCCGCAACGAGGGUGAUGGUGGUGGCCUCGGAUUGGGCAUGGGCGCAGCGGCGGUAGCAUCGUCGCACACCUCACCGAUGGACCUUGAUUGA